UCCCUCCCUCCUCCCUCCCUCCUACUAACCAAACGCCCAACGCCGCUCGGGAUCCGACUCCUUGGAAACUGGAAUAUCCCCCACCCGUCCUCCUCCUCCGCCCGACCCGGCCUCCGCCAAUGGCAGCCUGCCCGCGGCCGCUGCUCCCCCUCCCCCUCCCCCUCCUCCUCCUCCUCCUCCUCUCCCGCUCCCUCCGCGCCGACCGCGACGCCGUCGUGUCCAGGAUCGCCUUCGGCUCCUGCGCCAACCAGAGCGCGCCCCAGCCCGUGUGGGAGGCCGUCGUGGGGUUCGACCCGCAGGUGUUCAUCUGGCUCGGGGACAACGUCUACGGCGACAACAAGAGGCCGUUCCGGGCGUGGGGGAAGGAGAGGACGGUGGGGCCAUGGAGGAACGUGCCGCGGUUCUACCCGUCACCGGAGGACGAGCUGCGGAGGCGAUACGAGAUGGCCAAGGCCAAGCCAGGGUACGCCAAGCUCAGGGAGAGGGCUCAGGUCAUUGGAACAUGGGAUGAUCAUGAUUAUGGAUUGAACGAUGCAGGAAAAGAGUUUAGUGGGAAAGUGAUCAAUCAAAGGCUUCUAUUAGAUUUUUUGGAUGAAGCUAGAGAUAGUUCACGGAGGCAACAAGCUGGUGUUUAUACCUCAUACAUGUUUGGCCCUGAAGGAAAACGAGUAAAGGUAAUUCUGUUGGACACCAGAUAUCACAGAGACCCUCUCCUAAGUGAUGGAGCUAUACUGGGAGAUCCUCAGUGGCAAUGGCUGGAGAGGGAGCUGCAUGGUCCUCGAUCAGAGAUCACCAUCAUUGGAUCAUCAAUACAAGUAAUAUCAAAUCUAUCUGCCACCACUGGACCUUUAUUCUAUGUGGAGUCAUGGGCACGUUUUCCAAGGGAAAGAGAACGACUGUUUAGAUUGAUCGAUAGCAGUAAGAGAAAUGGAGUGUUAUUUAUCAGCGGUGAUGUUCAUUUUGGAGAAAUUUCUCGCUACGACUGUGGGGCUCAAUAUCCAUUGUAUGAUAUUACCUCAAGUGGUCUUACCCAAUCUGUCGAGAACUCUGUACCAGCAGUAUUUCAACCCCUCUUUAGACUUCUGGCAUUGUUGACACCAACCACUACGCGAGUCUUCAGCCCUAACUGCCGUUACAAAUCAUGCACAUACGGUCAGCCAAACUUUGGAGCAAUCGAGAUACAUUGGGAUGCAGUACCUCCCAAGAUUAAACUCGAUCUGAGAGAUAUACAGGGAAACUCUGUUGGUGACGUGGAGUUUCCCAUAUCUGAACUGGAGCUAUCAAACACACAUGACAUUAAAAAACAGGGGCAUUCGUAUCAGCAUUGCACUCUCGAAACAGAGCUUUCAUGGGUAGUGCGAUACCGGCUUGCUCUGUUAUUCUUUGGUACAGUUGCUGUUUCUGGGAUAGCCGUGGUGUUGAUAGUAAUUGUCUGCUUGUCAACUACUAAUAUUUUCACCAAGAAAUCCAAGAUGGAAUAACCAUAUAGUGCAGAGGACAGAAGCAGAUAUUUCAGUCUAAGUACAGUUGGAAAAGCUGAACUAUACACCAUCCAUGGAUGUUCCUUUGCCUAGAACAAACAUGAGAUUUCAAUACCAAUAUGAGCCAUUGCCCUGCUGUUCAAUGUACGCAUCACAAGCUAGAUGAAUGUAACUAACAAUCUGCAUACGUGUAUAGCAUGUUUAGAAACUUUUCAUGUCAAUUUCGCUCUUUUCUGGUGAAUAGGAUGAUUGUUGUCUAUUCCCUGACCCCUUGCAUUAUCUGCCCCCAUGCAUUCUGCUCUGUCUGCACAUUGAAUGUUCCUUUCCCAUCAUUCGUUUUGUCCGUUUAGAAAGACAUAUCGUCCGGUUUCAAGUCUCUUGAUGUACA